AUGGAUUCAGAUUCAGAAACUUCGAUAAUUUCUCCUUCGUCUUCGCCUCCACUUCCAGUCACAACCAAUCGCACCUACCAACAUGAUAUGCUUGAUCCAUACUUCAUGCAUCCAAGUGACAAUCCUAGUGUCGCGUUGGUUUCUCCGCCUCGAAUUACCACUCGUGGUCGCUGCAGCAAGAACGUCAACUCUAGUGUCUCCAACUCUAAUCGUGCUAAUUCAAAGGGGCGUGGUGAUACCGAUGGUCGUUCAUCUGGUAGUAGUAGACGUCACUCGAGAUAUUGCUCUCACUGCCAUCGUUCAGGUCACACCGUUGACGUUUGUUUCUACAAACAUGGUUUUCCUCCUCAUUUUCGCAAGAAUGGAAAUUCUUCUACCAAUAAUUGUGUUGCGUCUAAUGUUGAUGAUGACGAUCACAAAUCCAGUUGUGCUGAUGAUUCUCUAGGUGAUUUUUCCCCUUCUAGUUUCACCACUGAGCAACAGAAGGCUUUAUUGGCGUUAUUGCACACAUCUCAAACUAGCUUUUCUUCUGUCGUGAAUCAUCUAUUUAAUUCAUCCCACACAUGUUCUUUUUCUUUUCCUAAUAUUUCUAAUGUCAUAAAUACUCAAUCUUGGAUUUUAGAUACUGGUGCUACAAAUCAUGUAUGCUAUUAUGAUUCUAUUUUCCAAUCUUUGAAAGGUAUUAAACAUGUUCGUAUUCGUUUGCCUAAUGGUUGUACAAUCAUAACUGAACUUGCUGGAACUGACAACCUUUCCCAGAAGAGGAUUGGUACAGCUGAUUUGAUUCAUGGAUUAUACUUGCUUUCUGAUCCAUGUUUACAUAUUGUUUCCACUUAUCAUAAACGUUUGCCUUUUCCUAAUAGUACUACUAUUGCUGAUUGUUGUUUUGAUUUAAUUCACAUGGAUAUAUGGGGUCCUUUUUCUAUGCCUUCCAUUUUGGGUUACAAAUAUUUUUUAACAGUUGUUGAUGAAAAAUCUCGUUUUUGUUGGCUGCCAUCCAAGUUUUUAAGUUACAAGUCACUUUUUCAUAUUUUACAUGGCUUUUUACCUGAUAUUUCUGAAAUAAGGGUUUUUGGUUGCUUAUGCUAUGCUUCUACCUUAAAAUCAAAUAGAAAGAAAUUUGAUCCUCGAUCUCGUAAAUGCAUUUAUUUGGGCCAUAAAUUUGGAACUAAAGGAUAUAUUCUAUUUGAUUUACAUAAUCGAGAAAUUUUUGUUUCUCGCGAUAUUGCUUUCUUUGAAAAUGUGUUUCCUUUUAAUGGUUCUCAAGAGAAUAAAAUAUCUUCAUCCAUUCCUUUCAUCAAUCCUACUUCAAUUGAUUUUCUUUUUGAUUUACCACCAACUCCUAUAGAGAAUGCUCUUGCCCCUAGCUUUUCACCACAACUCCCAUUUUCAAAAUAUGCCACUCCUUCUCCUUCACCCAUUACCACUACACCACACCCAAUUCCUACCAGAAAGUCUACCCGACAAGUUAAACCUCCAUCAUAUCUUAAGGACUUUCAUUGUAAACUUUUGGCUGGUAAGAAUCUUAAUCCGCAUGUUUCCCAUUUGCACAGUUCAGGUAUUCUCUAUCCUCUUUCUCAAUUUAUUUCCUAUGAUAAUUUAUCUUCUUCUCAUAGAUCUUUCAUCUUAAAUGUUUCAACUGUUAAGGAACCAUCUAGCUAUACAAAUGCUAUUAAAGAUAAAAAUUGGAGGCCAGCUAUUCAAAAUGAGUUGGAUGCUCUUGCUUACAAUAAAACUUGA